UCUCUAUUUUCAUUAUACUAGCUAUUCUUUGAAAAAACCAGAACUUAUUAAGGUUCUCAAGUUCCCAACCAUGGCGGACAACUUCAUCCAUUAUUCAACAUCGACCAAAACGGAUAGAAAGAUCAUAGAGAUGAAGACCCUUUUCUCCACACUCCAUUCUCUUGUCCCCAACCAAAGCUCAGCGGAAGGUGAAAUGACACUGCCGGUUCAGUUAGAAAACGCUACAAAUUACAUAAAACAGUUGAAGGAGAACGUGGAGAAAUUGAAAGAGAAGAGAGAGAAGUUAAUGGGAUCACGAGAAGGUGAAAUUAAAGCAAGAUUAUUGGUGCAAGUUGAAGCUCAUCAAGUGGGUUCUUCGUUGGAGUUUCUCUUGACUACUGGAUCUGAUUAUCACUUGGUUUUAAGUCAAAUCCUUCAGCUGCUUCAAGAAAACGGAACUCAGAUCGUCCAUAUCAAUCACUCAACGAUCAUAGAUCGAGUUUUUCACAAGAUAGUAGCUCAGAUGGUGGGAGAAGGGAUGAGCUCCGAAGGUGUUGAUGGAGAAAGGAUCUGUGAGACUGUGAAAAAGUUUGUUUCACAGUACAAAAAUGGCAAAUAGACCGUUUAAUGUUUGUCUAAAAUAUUGAUUGAUCUUGAAGAUUUUCGAUGUCAGCCUCUUUUAGUUUUCUCUAUUCAAUAAAUUAGCUCUUUAUUUUGAUUUAAUCAAGAAUUAUCAUUUAAUUUAGGUUGAAGGAGGGCAGGUAUAAAUGCAAAUCUAUAAUCUUUAAACGAUGAACUUUCCU